ACACAGAGAAACAGAAGAAGACGAUAGAGAAGACAAAAUGGAGAUCUUAUCACAGAUGUGGUCAUUCUUAGGGCUUCUCACAGUUCUCCAAAACGUGUUACCCUCGCAGCUACUUUCACUUCUCCACUCCUUCUAUGAAUCCCUUCAAGACUUCUUCAGCCCUUACUCUUACUACGAAAUCCCAGAGUUUAACGGCUACUGUGGCGUCGACGUUAACGAACUCUACCGUCACGUUAACCUCUACCUCAACUCCAUAGACUCUUCCGCCACUUGUCGACGUCUCACACUCACCCGUUCCAAAACGUCCAACCGCAUUUCCUACACCGUCGCACCCAAUCACACCGUACAUGACUCCUUCAACGGUCACCGCCUCUCCUGGACGCACCACAUCGACACCGUCCAGGACUCGCUAGAGGAGAAACGCAGCUUUACUCUCAAGCUCCCAAAGCGUCACAGGCAGUCCCUCCUGAACCCCUACCUGGAAUUCGUCUCCGCACGUGCUGAGGAGUUCGAGCGUGUGUCACGCGAGCGUAGACUCUACACCAACAAUGGCCACGGGUCGUACGAGUCCGGUUGGGUCUCUGUUCCGUUCCGUCAUCCUUCCACUUUCGAGACACUCGCGCUUGAGCCUGACAUGAAGCAGCAGAUAACGGAAGACUUGACGGCGUUCGCUGACGGGAAAGAUUACUAUCACAGGGUUGGACGGGCGUGGAAACGUGGAUACUUGUUGUUCGGGCCUCCAGGAUCCGGGAAGUCCAGCUUGAUUGCGGCUAUGGCGAAUUACUUGUGUUAUGAUGUGUAUGAUCUGGAGCUCACCAAGGUUUCAGAUAAUUCGGAGCUCCGAGCUUUGCUUAUCCAAACAACAAACCGCUCAAUUAUCGUGAUCGAAGACAUUGACUGCUCUCUCGAUCUGACGGCUGAUCGGAACUCGAAGACCAAGAAAUCGAUGGCACUGGAUAAUCGUAACAGUACACGUGGCGAUGACGGAGAGGAGAGCGGACGGGUUACGCUUUCGGGUCUGUUGAACUUCACCGACGGGCUAUGGUCGUGUUGUGGGGAGGAGAGGAUCAUAGUGUUCACGACGAACCACAGGGACAAUGUAGACCCGGCGCUCGUUAGAUGUGGGCGCAUGGACGUCCACAUCAGACUAGGCAUUUGUGGGAUCCACGCGUUCAGGUCCCUAGUGAUGAACUACCUGGGCUUGGAGACACACGAGCUGUUCGACGUGGUGGAGAGCUGCAUAAGGGCGGGUGGGUCCCUCACGCCAGCCGAGAUCGGAGAGAUCAUGUUGAGGAACAGAACAGAUGCUGACGUGGCUAUUAAAGCCGUUAUAUCGGCACUACAGGUCAGCAUUCUGAGAGGAGAACGAGAACCGCUGGUAGAACCUGAAGAGAGGCCGACAACGCCGGAGGAAAGGCCUACAACCCCGGAGGCGGAGAGCAUCGAUCGAAUGUUGGAUUCGCCGUCACCAGAGAAUUGGGAAUCGUCGCCCGGAAAAUUUCCGGUGAAAAGAAGGAAAGAGGGGUCCACCUGGGAGAAGAAAGUUAAAUUCUUAGUGAGACUCAAAUCGUUGACCAAGUCUGACUCGGGGGGAAGAGGUGUUUAAUACACGUAAAUUCUAAUCUAGGUUCGAUUUACAUAUGAACCCACUCACUGGUAAAGGGUAACCACAAGCUUGGGCGUAUUUUGGGUUUUUCCUCUAUUUACUCUUGUUUAACAGUAAACUUCAAUUUGACCAGUGAUGCAGCUAUUUCUGUUUC